AUGGCCUCGUCCGCCGCCUCCAACGUGUUUGCGGUCACGGCCGUGCUCGCCAUCGCGCUGCUGGUGCUGCUGGUCAUUCGUCACUUUCUGCCCCUUCGAUCGACGCCGACCUAUCUGCUGCUGCCCGUCUUCCUGGCCCUCGCGCUCCCCUGCAGCAUCGUUGUCCUCGUGCCCAUCGAUCUCGCCUCCGCCGACAGCAACGAAUCCGAGCACGCCUUAUGGCUGCCCGAGCGAGUUAUUCUGGUGACAUGGAGAAUCACAUACUGGCUCACGUUCCUCUUGAGCUGGUUUGUGCUGCCGCUGCUGGGCGAAUACUGCGAUUCGGGAUACCGCGAUCCCAGGAGCAGGAUCAUAGACUCCCUCCGUACCAAUGCGCGCUAUCAGCUGAUGGUCUUGUCAACUGCUGUGUUGGGCCUGGUGUAUUUCAUCUGGGAGAAUGGAUUUCAUGUUGCAAGCAUCAAAGGGUUGAUCAUGGCGCUGGCUUAUGCCUGGGGUCUAACCCUCGCAAUUGGUUUGAUGGGACAUGGCCUGGUUGCUUUGCCCAGGCGGCUAUUUAUGAAUUCAGAUGUGAGCAUCAGACUACGGCGAUUGCAGACCAAGGCGCCGAAGAUUAAGGAGAGACUGGAUGAGGCUACAGAAAAGUUGGACAUCUUGGAGUCUACCGUGGUGCAAUUGAAGAGACACAAAGGCGGUGCAAGUCGGGAGCAGCAGGAUUGGAUUGAUGAGCUGGCCGAAACCUCCUCCCUGCCGGACAUGAGACCGGGAUAUCCUGCUGCUGCACUGGCCAGUAAUCCUCCUGUACCGUCCGUGGUCACAGACCGAUACCUUGCGGACUUGACACGGAAGCUGAAGCGUGCCCGGCAUCGCAAGGCACGCUUCGAUGACGAGUGGGUCAACUUGUGUCAACGAGCGCAGGACACACAAGCCAUUCUAGACUCGGCGAUAUCAAGAAAGCUCGAGUUUGACCGGAGGCGCGACUCUUGGGUGGGGCGCUCGAGCUUCCUGACCCCUACAAUGCGCUAUCACCUUCACAUGAACGUCAUUCCUGCUCUUCGCAAAUGCCUAGCCGGUAUGCUUGCUGUAGGAUCUAUUCUCAUCGUCUGGRGCGAGAUCGUCAAGUCCUUUGCGCCGCAACUUUCGGUCAUUGGUCUCAGUGUGGUGCAUCACUCCAAGUCAAAGGCAAAGGUCAACUUCGGCGGCCAGUUGAUCGCAGCUCUAUGGUUACUAUACAUGGACRCCAGCGCACUCUACGCGAUUUCUGAUGUCAAGGUGUGGGGCAACAGAGCGCUCGUCAAGCGCCAAACGUACGCAGAAAGCGCAACUUGGUACAGCCUGCAAGUUGCGAAGUUGACAGUUCCACUUUCAUACAAUUUCAUCACGAUGGUGCCUCCGAAUUUGUUCAAGGAAACAAUGUUCUUCCGUUUCCUUGGUCAGCUUAUCAACCUGACACCUCUCGGUCAAGGAUUCAGCACCUUCUUCCCGAUUGUCCUGCUCAUCCCCGUCAUUGCUACGUCGUUCAAUCUGUAUGGCAAAGCCAAGGGCAUCUUCGGCUUUGGGAUGUUGGAGGACGAGAGCGAGGAGAAUCCAACAGGGUUUGGAACUGGUGGCUGGCGAGAGGGCCGGGCCCUGAUCGAGCGUGAAGUGCAGGCGCGCGGCGGCGAGGACACCCUCGGUCUAGCAAGCAGAGGAGCUUCCCUCGACGUUGAGCGCGGUAGUAGCCGGACUGCUGCGGUUUCCACCCCUUCGCGCAGGACCCCAAAUGGUACAACGUCCGUCUAUCGAGACGAGCAUGUUCGAGAAGCGAACCGGCAAUUCAACUCAAUCACCAAUCACGAGGAGGAACAGGACGAUAGCGCAAGACACUUUUACCACGACUUUGGGGAGCGUGUGAAGAACACUAUUGAUUCUUCUGAAGUGCUCAGGAAUAUCGGAAGUGCCUUCACCACGCCCAAAUGGAUGCAGAACGACCAGGAUAGCAGUAGCUCCGCCAUUUCACGAUGGUUUGGAGGCAGAGCAGAGGAUGGCCGGGUCCGAUUAUAG